AUGCGAUUAGUUGAGAAAGAUGAAGCGCCAGAACAAGCAGCCUUGCGUGAAUUAUAUGAAGAAACAGGAUACAAGGGCAAAGCGAUAACUAAUGUUUCAACUAGUAUGUUUAAUGAUGCAGGAAUAACUAAUACUAAUAUGAAAUUGGUUUUCAUUGAG